CGCCGUUAGCCGCCUGCUAGGCUACGGACGUUAGAAAAGGUAUUUUGGCAAGUGAGAAGAAACGAUUAAGAGAGGAAACUGAAGCGCCACCACGGAUUUCUUGUGGGAUAAACGCACGGGCCUCGCUGCUAAAACGAUGCCUCACACAAGACGGUACUCGUCCUCGGACAGAGACAGCCGAAGUAGCUACCAAGAUCGGUACCGGGACCGGGACAGGGGGCGCAGACAGCGGCACCGGAGAUCACCCUCUUUCUCCUCCAGCACCGACAGAGAAAGAGACCGAGACAGGAGGGGACGGGGACAGAGACAGGAAGGGAGUUAUGCACGCUCAAGGAGUCGCAGCUAUGACAAUCGCUCAGCAGAGCGCCGGCCCUUUGACCGAAGAUACUGCGAGGGAUACAGACGUCUGGAUCACAGCCGGGAGAGAGACCGCGACAGAGAGAGGGAGCCAGCUGGAGCAGCAGAGACUUGCUAUCAACGUGACUUUUCACCGAGCAUGUAUGACUACCGGCGGGGCCGCGAAAGGGAACGAGAGCGGGAUGAGUCAUACCGGCGGAAAGGCAGCAGGCGUAAGCACAAACGAAGGCGGCGUAGAACCAGGUCCUAUAGCCCAUCCUCCUCGCGGAGCAACAGCCGGACGCGGGCACUGAGUGUGAGAGACGACGAGGAAGGGCACCUGAUCUGUCGGAGUGGGGACGUCCUGCAAGAGAGAUAUGAGAUUGUCAGCACUCUGGGUGAAGGCACCUUCGGGAGGGUGAUGCAGUGCGUUGACCAUCGCAGGGGGGGAACUCAUGUGGCUCUGAAGAUCAUCAAGAACGUGGAGAAGUAUAAGGAGGCGGCUCGCCUGGAGAUCAAUGUGCUGGAAAAGAUCAAUGAGAAAGACCCUGAGAACAAAUACCUGUGUGUUCAGAUGUAUGACUGGUUCGACUACCAUGGCCACAUGUGUAUCUCCUUUGAGCUUUUAGCCCUCAGCACCUUUGACUUCCUAAAGGAGAACAACUAUCUCCCUUACUCUAUCAGCCAGGUUAGGCACAUGGCCUACCAGAUCUGCCUCGCUGUCAAGUUUCUCCAUGACAACAAGCUGACACACACAGACUUGAAGCCUGAAAACAUCCUGUUUGUCAACUCAGACUUCACGAUGACGUACAAUGUAGAAAAGAAACGAGAUGAAAGGACUGUGAAGAGCACGGCUGUACGAGUGGUUGAUUUUGGCAGCGCUACCUUUGACCAUGAACACCACAGCACCAUUGUGUCCACACGGCACUACCGUGCACCCGAGGUUAUACUAGAGCUUGGAUGGAGUCAGCCUUGUGAUGUGUGGAGCAUCGGCUGUAUCCUGUUUGAGUACUACCUGGGCUUCACCUUGUUCCAGACUCAUGACAACAGGGAGCAUCUGGCUAUGAUGGAGAGAAUCCUGGGACCAGUGCCCUCCAGGAUGAUUCGCAAGACACGGAAGCAGAAGUACUUCUACCGUGGCCGUCUGGACUGGGAUGAGAGCUCAUCUGCCGGGAAAUACGUCAGAGAGAACUGCAAACCCUUGCGGCGGUACUUGCUGUCAGAGGCCGAGGAGCACCACCAGUUGUUUGACCUGAUAGAAAGCAUGUUGGAGUAUGAGCCCUCCAAGAGGCUGGUGCUGGCCGACUCGCUCAAACAUCCUUUCUUUGAGAAUGGAGGGAUUGCUGAAAACGUGGCCGGCAAGAGUUGGGAGGGCAAUCGGGACAUCAGCCGGUGACCCACAAACCCCCAUAGACUCUGAAUGACAGAGGAGAUUGGGUUUUUUUCUGUACAUGUGAAGCAGAGAGAUGCGGUGACUUAAAGGACUUCGGAACUGAUAGGGACUUCCCAGUGGCUAAAUGGUCUGGGAUGUUAAUAUGUCACUCACUCCUCAUUAAAGAAUGGACAUCUUUCUCCUUGGUCCCUCCGCCUCCCUGCCCAACUGACAUCCACCUCUAGUCUUUGGAGCAGCAGAGGGACCAAAAGAAAACCAAGAAUGGCUGAAAGUCUAGAAAAGACCAGCAGUCAAAAUGAAUUUCCUGUUUCUUCUCUCUCAGUCCCCAACAAACACAUGCCUAAAAGAAGAUUUUUUUUUUUAAAUAUCCAAACUGUAGCCCUCUAUGCAGUUGCAGUCUUCCUCCCACUGUUUCCUCUUUUCCUUCCUUUAUCCCUCCCUUCCUUCUUACCUUCCAUCAGUAUGUAAAGGAAAUAACUGAUGCUCUCAGCAAAUGAGCACUACUCUAGUCAGAAUCAGAAAAACUGUUUUGAGGAAAAAUAUGUCUUCCGACUUUGCCCGGUUUAAGGAGAGAUGAGAGAGAGAGCUGUAUACGGGACACAAGUCAGCAUAAUCAUAUCUCUCAACCCAUUUUGGAGUCAUUCAUGUCAUCAGCAAAGAUGUGUGACAUUCUGUUACGCUGGCCAUCAAAUCAUUAUGAUCUAGUUUCUCACAUUACCUUGUUUACAUAAAGCAGUGGCAAUGAGGGGUAAAACUUAAAUCUGUUGCUGCGAUUACAUUGGAGAGCAAACUUGUUUCGCUACCAUUGGUGGUUUCGAAGAAACCUGCAACAGCGACAAGUGUCACAUUUUAGUUCAUGUUUUGUGACACGUGCACCUUCAUGGCAAAUUAUUAUUCAUACAUGUUCUAUUUCUUUCUGUGUACAAAGGGGUAUCUCUUAUGUGGAGGCUUUUGCCCAUGCACCCCAGCCAUUUUGCCUGGUGUUGGGCAAUGGGAGAAUGGUUAUGGACACUCCAGACAUACAUGCCUCCAUGGCCUAUAAAUAUAUCUGUUUCUGUUACAUUAUGCAAUGCUUUUUGGGUGUAUGUUUGAAUGGAUGGGGUUUGGGGCACAGGAUUGACACUUCCAUGUUAUUGAUUUUCUCCAUCAGGUUUUCUCUUAUUAUUUCUUCCUGGUAGUUAGUCACAUACAUUUUCACUUCUUCCAAAGACAGAUGCCACACAAACUGCCCUUUUUCCAUGAUGUGGCUUGAUCAGACUUUUGGUCUCUCUAAUGAAGUUAAGCACAUUUGCUGGUAGCAAACGAGCCACACAUUACAUCUGUUUACAGUAUUUAUUUGAGUUGCAGCAGGUCAUGACCCCACCCCAUCCCCCACUUGUCACCUGUUUGACUUCUUUUUGUAUGAAAAUUAAAGCGUAUAAACCUGUAUAUAUGUACGAUUGUGUAGAAUUAAAGUUAAGUCCCUCGCCAAAAGCCUAUGGUGCUCUGUGUCAGUUUUGGCCCCUGGCAGAGUUAAAGGGAGGUGUUUUGUACCAGUGUAUCUCAAGUGCCAUCUCUUACCUUACUGAAUAAUACCACAUUGCCAAAAUGAGAUGAUACGGAAACAGGAGAAAUAUUAUGGAUAGCCCACUUUUGAUUUACUCUCGAAGCCCUUGCCUUGCCUCUUAGCAGUCAGACAAGCUCAGCGUUCUUUCUGUUUCUAAGCUAGUAAUUAGAGGCACAGUUUGGACAUUCAGCUCCUCUGCUUUACACCCUGUGAACCCCUUCGCUUGACUGUUGACUUGAGGUGGAAAUAGAGAAGCCAACCUGCAGCCCUGCUGGGACCAGCAGUAAAGACCAAUCGGAUCAGUCGCAGCAGAGCACCGGAGAGGUCAACAGUCAGUCCCCAUAAGAAGAGACAGACAGAGGAGGAGUAAACGGAACUGCACUAACUGAUGUACUUGACACAAUGCUGUGACUGGAUGCUGCACUUCACAACUUGGAGGAAUCGUUCAAGCAGCUGAACACGAGUGCAGGAGCUAUCAUCAGCAGAUCUAAAACACAACUCACCAAGGGAAGAACAUAAAGUAUUAGUAGUCCUAUGAAUUGAAAAGGGGCCCUGUAGGAUAAAGUGAUUUCAUCACAGCCACAAAAUCUGGGAAGGACAAUCACACGCACAC